UUACCCAAAACAAUAAAAAUGUGCAGUUUUCAAUUAAAAAGCGACACUAAUUUGCGUACUUAGUGAAAAUCGAUAUGGCGCAGCCUUUGACUUUUGACACUGGCGAGUCAGUUUCCUAAUCUAAAACGCACAAAAUCUGCAUCAGAUCGUAAUCUUUCCCAAGACUCCUAAUCUCUAAACUAUAACCACAAGACGCACAAUGAACUUCACUCCGUUUGGCAACACUUUUCCCGGCAACAUACCCGGCCUGCCCCAGUUCACGACCAGCACGGCGCCCCUGAUCUCUACGGUUACCGCCGCCGUGGCCGAUGUCACGGUCACUGCCACCAAUAAUCCCCAACAGCAGCAGCAGCAGCAAGAUGCCGCCGGCAGCAGCAAUCGCUACCAGCAACAGCAGCAGCAACAGGUCGCCCACUUCGGCCAGGCCAACAUGGCGACCGGAUCCGGAAAUAAUAAGUUUCGUGGCGGCCAGGAUGAGGCACUGCAGGGUGACAAGUACAAUGGUCAUCUGGUGGCUACCGCCCAGCAGCAACAACAGCAGCAACAGCAACAGCAACAGACGCAAUAUGCAACGGUUGCAUAUGCCACUGCUGCAACGACGAGUUCUGCCGCGGAUGCCAUGCAAGCGGGAACUUCCAAUCAGCAGCAGCAGCAACAGCAGCAGAUGCAACAGCAACAAGUGACGGCGCCUCAGGAGCUCACCCAAGAUUUGUGCAACGCCAUACUGCAACAACAAGUUCUUCAAAAUACCUCGUGGCAGACCCUGACGCCGGGCACCACCGUGGCCGACUACCUCUCGCAUCUUCCAGCCAACACUUUACCCCUCUCGUUGCACCACUUCCUCAAAUACUCCGCGGAAACGAUCAAAAAGGAGAACCAACAGAAUGUGGUCCUGCAAGUGCAGACGGGACCUGCCAUCGGGAUCAACACCUUGGGCACCACAACCAUUAGUAUACCUCAGCAGGAGCAGUUGACGCUGCAGCCCCAACAGCAGGCAACGUUGCAGUUGCAGGCACAGGACACGGUGGCAGCCACCGCCACGGCCACUGCCACGGCGACAGCAGCGGCCACGGGAGCCAGCGGGAGCGGGGGCAAGAAGAAGAAGCGGAAAAAGCGCAGCAAGGACCGGAAACCGAAACUGCGUCCCGGAGAGAUACGACUGGGAACGGCGCUGGACGGUAGCCCGCUGUACAUGUGCCCCGAAUGCCAUGUGGCGUACCCGGAGCCGGAACUGCUCGAAGUGCACCUGGUGGGGCACAACCUGGAGAAGCGGUACGUGUGCGACAUCUGCCAGGCGUCGCUGAAGCGAAAGGAUCACCUGACGCGGCACAAACAGUCGCACAAUCCGGACCGGCCCUACAUCUGUACCGUCUGCCUGAAGGCCUUCAAGCGGAAGGAGCAGCUCAGCCUGCACUUUGUCAUCCACUCGGGCGAGAAGCGGCACCAGUGCGCCGAGUGUGGCAAGGGCUUCUAUCGCAAGGAUCACCUGCGCAAGCACACCCGCUCCCACAUCGCCCGGAGGGUCAAGGCCGAGCUGAAUAGUCAUGUGAGGCGAGAGAAUGGCACCAGUAUGUUGCAGCCAGUGGUGACAGAGGCCACCACAGCGGCCUUGCAACAUGCCAAUCAACUAGCCACCCAGCAACAACAAUUGCAACAACAGCAGCAACAGCAACAGCAGCAGCAACAACAACAGCAACAUCACAUAGUGAUAACGCAGCAGACGACGCAGCAGCAGCAGCAGACAUCGCAGCAGCAGCAACAAAAUCAGCAAAUGAUAAAUUAGCCAAAUGAUUUUUGUAAAGUCAGUUAAAUCAAAAUUCAAUUUCGAAACAAGGCAGUCAAUAAUCAUAAGAGUUGGCUGUUUAUCAAAAA